GUAUUUCCGUACCGUGCAUGCGAUAUGAAACGAAAGGGAUACGAUCGCACUCUUAUCGAUCACAUCGCUGUUGUAUUUUUCGAUGAACUCGAACCGUUCAUCACCGGUUGUGUAUCGCUCGAUAAUCAAGUUCGAUUCACUGAAAAGUCUGGUGCGUUGGGUUUGGUUGUGGGACCAGAAAGCCGCGUUGUCGCCCAAAUAGACAAGCACUUCUGUUUGAGGACCAAUUCCGUUUUUGACGGCCCACACUUUUUAAAAUUCUGUUCAAGUUUGAUAGCGACGACUCUGAACCGCCUCUCGUCGUCAUUCAUACUCUUUUCGUGGACUUCAUCAGUUACUCAGAGUAGCCGUGUAUUUCAGUUGCAGCGCGGCAGUAUUCCAGUUGUUAUUUUGGACGAUAUUGAAACAAAACGUCUCAAGAACCAACUCGAUGAAGCUUCUCAAAGUGGCUCGGUUGUACGAUUGUCGUUGGAAUAUGUUGAUCUCAGGCCACAGUACACUUUACGACUACAAGUUUUUAGACCAACGGUCCUGAAUAUUGGCCUAAUAAUACUAUUGUUUAUGCUGAUUCUUUUCAUAACAGGCCUUGUUUUCAUCAAAAUUCGUUGGCGACCCAACUCACAUCGCGAUAUUUGGUUGCGUACAUUAGCAAGGUCAGCAGUGAAUAAGAUGGAAAUUCGUAAAUUCGAGAAACCAACCCCACAGAAUCUGUCAUCAAUAAAUGAAGCAAGAAAAGGACGUGGUCUUUUGUGUUUAACGUCAAAACGGAAAUAUUUACCUGUGUUUGGAUCACUUACGUCGGUGGCACACAGUUGUGCGAGUCAAGAACGAUGUAGCAUAUGCUUGGAUGAAUACAAGGAAGGUCAAGAGUUACGAGUGCUCUUCUGCGGUCAUGAAUUUCAUCCAAAAUGCGUCGACCCGUGGUUACUCAGCAACAGACGAUGCCCUCUCUGUCAGUACGACAUCGUUUAUAAGGAGUAUCCGAAGGCCGAUCCAACCCCUAAAAAUAACCGAGCCAGUUCGCUACCGACAGCAGAAUGUUCAAACCAGCAACAAGAACUGCCAUUACUGUCGCCCGCAUCAAGGCCUUCUGCUGAUCAAACGGUACCAAGUGCAAAUUCGCAUUUGCAUAUUGCAAAUGAUCUGAAAUCAUCACUCGAAAGGAAUCAACGCUACCGACCCAAGCGAGUGGAUGAGCAGCAGUUUGCUCUACCGUAUUUAUUGCCGAGUAACACAACCCCUCAAGUGUCGCACAGCAUCAACCGAGAUACACGCAGACGAUACGGUCGCGAUGAGGGAGCGUUUACGAGUCGCAUUUCGCGAAAGUGUGCUCAGCAUCGAACCAGAUCUCUCGGAGCUCAACAGCGCAGACGUCAGCUGAGGUCAAAACGGUCAUCACCAAAUGACCACCGCCUUUCCGCACUUCCCAGGGAACAACAGUUGCCUCAGAUAGCCGAUACGAUUUCAGGGUUAGAACAUUUUCAGCUAUGUGAGGAAAUGUUUGCACUGCUUGCGAAACUGUUUAAAUUGGUCGAAUACUGUUCACUUCAAUCAAUCGCAUACGAUUACAGGUACUCAUCUGAUAUCUCAUCAUAUCCAGAAUUCGAGACUGAUGUUGCUGCUAUUGCUACUGCUGAAACGCAACAAGAAGCAGCAUUUCCAUAUUUCUCACUGACUGCCAGCUCAGAAUCAAGUCCGUCAACAAGUAUGAGAAUGACGCGGUUUCGAGUCAACAACAGUCAACAACAACAACGUAUUUCUCUAUUUCCAUUAGUCAACACAGCACCACUCGACAGGAUCUCAUUCGAAGAAUCACAUGGCGAUAUUUGUUGA